CUACUGUCCAAUCGGAAUGCUCCUGUGUUUUUUCUAGUCCUGCACAGUGCCUCUGGCUGCAUUUGCUGUGCUGAAAUCGAGUUGGAUAGAGCAGAAAGACUUUCCUGUGCCAAUUUGAAACUGCAUUACAGACUGAAUCCCUGAUAAAAUGCCAUACUGCAUCGUGAAAGGGUGUCCUCACCGAACAGGUCAAAAAGUGAAAUAUCCCGAUGUGGUUCUACAUCCAUUUCCAAGUGAUAUUCAUUCAAUUAAAAAAUGGUUAAUGCAAACCGGACAACAUAAUGAAGAUAUCGAUACCUUAUCCGAAAGGAUUUUUAACGGAAAAAAAAACAAUACUUUUAGAAUGUGUUCUACACAUUUCACACCUGACUCUUACAUGAUGAGGGGUUCAAGAAGACUUCUAACACCAACAGCGGUUCCCACUCUUUUUGCAAAUAUACCAACUCCAGCUAUUAUUAAUGUUCCUUUGGAAGCAACUCUGCCUUCCCAAAAAAGGAGAAGAGUCGAUGACGAGGAAGCAUCCACCUCCACACAAUUGGUCCGAAUUGUGUCACAUCUUAUCACUGUAGCAACACAAACUGAAUGUUAUACAAAGACUUGCUCAACAAUGACAUCAAGAAGGAUGUUUUCUCGUCAAGCAAGUACGCAAACGACUGCAAAUGGAGGAAACGUAGUUUCUACACAAACGGAAGAUAUAUAUCAAGCUGAUGUAGUGCAAGUUAGAAAGGAUCAUACUUAUCCAGUUUGUUUUUCUACACCUUUAAAAACUACACAGCCAGUUACUGAUAUAUUAUCUGCAUCUCCCAUUUCAACAACCUUACAAUCUCAGGAGAACCCAGAAACACCAUUGAAAGAUCAGGGUUCACUCAUUACACACCCAUCCUCAAUAUUUUCAUCACCUACAGUAACAGAACCUAGAGAUACUACUUUUGAAAUAUCUGAACCAUCAUCUUCUGAAAAAUCAGAAGAAGAACAAGAAACUACGAAAAGUGGGCCAUCCAAGUAUUUCAGAGCGAGAAAAUUUCUAAUCUUUGAAGACAAUUUAGAUGCCCUACUACAUCUUGUCAGAUGCCAGCAUGCAGUAAAACCACCAUGUCAGGCACCUAUAGUAGAAAUUAAAAAAAGUACUGACGGAAGCUUACUCAAGGUUCAAUUGUGUUGUAUAGAUGGACAUACUUCUUUGAAAUGGUUUUCACAGCCUGUGGUGGACCAAACAUCUAUUGGAAAUGUAGCUCUGGCUAACGCUAUCAUUCUCAGUGGUUCAACAUAUAGAAAACUGAGAGAUAUCUUCACCAUUCUCAAUGUACCCUUUUAUUCCCAUACCACGUUUUACCACUAUCAACGAAAAUUUGUUUAUCCAGCAAUAGAUAUACAGUGGAAAAAAGAACAGGCUGCUAUAAUGAAAUCGUUAUCAGGACAAUCCGUCGCCUUGGCAGGCGAUGGACAAUAUGAUAGUCCUGGACAUUCUGCCAAAUAUUGUACAUAUUCAAUGAUGGACCUUAUGUCCAAAAAAAUUGUCCAUUUUGAAAUUGACCAGGUCGGUCCUGGCAAAAAUGCAAACAAACUGGAACCAUUAAACUUUGAGAAAGCAUUGAACUGGUUGAUCCAUGAAAAAGUUGAUGUUAAGAUAGUUGCUACAGACAGGCACAACGUGAUCAAAACUAUCAUGUCAAGUACAUUUAAACAUAUAGACCACCAAUUUGAUGUGUGGCAUCUGUGCAAGAGCAUACAUAAAAAAUUAUUGGCAGCAAGCAAAAAAAGGAAUUGCCGUGACAUUGCAUCCUGGAUCAGUCCCAUUACCAAUCAUUUGUGGUGGUCAUCACAAACCUGCAAGCAAAACGUCAAUGUUCUGAUCGACAAAUGGAAAUCAUUACUAUUCCAUAUUGCCAACAAGCACACUUUUAAAUCCCUGCGAUACUAUAAAAAAUGCCAGCAUCGACGGCUGACUGCAGCACAGAAAAAAGAUAUCAGGUGGAUUGGUUCAAAUCAUCCUGCACACAACAGUCUCAAACUUAUUAUUAAUGGCAAUUCACUGUUACGUGAUAUUGGUAAAAUUGAGAAAUUCUGCCACACCAGUGAUUUAGAAAAUUUCCAUAGCAAAGUGCUGAAAUAUAAGCCCAAGAGAUUAUGCUUCAAAAUGGAUGGGAUGAUUGCCAGAACAGCACUAGCGGCUUUGUCACACAACAGAAAUGUCAACAGACAACAGGCUGUUGUAAAAUCUGGCAAAAAAUCAACCUUGGCUGUAGGCAAAAAACGAUUUAAAAUUGUGUUUCCUAAGCAAAAAAAACAAUGGGUAGCCAAACCAAUAUAUGAGGCACUUUUGGAUGAACACCUUUUUGAGAUCAUGUCAGAUUCAAUAAAAAUCUUGAAUGGUGAAAUCACCCAUGAAUGGCUUUCUAUGUCAAAAAGGAUGCCCAAAAAUAUUGCUACUUGUGAAAGACCAGCAAAAUCUGAAGUAAUUGAGCAAUAUUUGUCACGAUUUGAAAAAUCCUGACAUAUGUCAAAGGACUAGCAACGUGCACAUAAAUAUUCCAUAUUACCUUUACAGUAAUGUAAAUAAGUAAUAAAAGUCAUGAGACAAAUAUUUUUUACAAUUUACGUUUUUUUAUAUAACAAUCAUGUGUUGGAUAUUACACAGUAGUCCAAUACAUUCAAACAACUGAAAAGACUUUGUUUGCCAAAGUAAAAUAUUUUGUUUCAAAAUAAAACUAUUUACAAAUGUA